CGGCGAGAUGAGGCUGCCCUGUGAGGUGGAAGUCCUCAGCCGGCAUUUGCCGGUCUUGGGGCUCAAGAGCCGCGGCAAGGGCGUGCGAGCGGUGGUGAGCCUGUGCCAGGCGCCGCGCGGGGCAAAGGCCGAGCCCGGAGACCGCGCCUGCCUGCUGGUCUCUACCAUGAAGGACAAGCGCGGGACUCGCUACGAGCUAAAAGAAAACAUUGAGCAGCUCUUCAACAAAUUUGUGGAUGAGGGGAAAGCCACUGUCCGGUUAAAGGAACCUCCUGUGGACAUCUGUCUGAGUAAGGCCAAUCCUGGCAAUUUAAAGAGUUUACUUUCAGCUGUGAGAAUGGCUCACAGAGGCUGUGAUGUCAAUAUACCACUUUCAACACUUACACCGGCGAAGACUUCAGAAUUUGAAAAUUUAAAAACCAAGAUGGUUAUCACAUCCCAAAAGGAUUAUCCUCUGAGCAAGAGCUUUCCAUGUUCUCUGGAACAUCUUCAGGUUUCUCAUUGUAGGCUGGCCCGAGUUGAUAUGCGAAUGCUCUGCUUAAAAAACCUUAGGAAGUUAGAUCUGAGUCACAACUGUAUAAAAACGCUUCCAGCCACAAUUGGAGACCUCACCCACCUUCAAGAGCUUAACCUUAGUGACAAUCACUUGAAGUCAUUUAGUGUGUCCUUGUGCCAGUCCACACUCCAGAAGUCACUUCAGAGUUUGGAUCUCAGCAAGAACAAACUCAGGGCACUCCCUGUGCAGUUUUGCCAAUUCCGGGAACUUAUGAAUUUAACCCUUAGUGAUAAUGAACUGAUUCAGCUGCCCUUCAAGAUAGGACAACUGAAAAAUCUCCGUUUUCUAGCAGCAGCUCGGAACAAACUUACAAAACUACCUUGUGAAUUUAAAAUGCUAUCCCUAGAGUAUUUGGAUCUUUUUGGAAAUACUUUUGAAAAACCAGAAGUCCUUCCAAUUGUAAAGCUUCAAGCACCAUUAACUUUACUGGAGUUUUCUGCUCGAGCUGUACUAUCCCAUAGGAUUUUGUAUGGCCCUCAUAUCAUUCCUUUCCAUCUUUGCCAAGAUUUGGAUACUGCCAAAACCUGUGUUUGUGGAAGAUUUUGUCUAGACUCUUUCAUUCAAGGAACUGCUACAAUCAAUCUACACUCUGUUGCCCACACCGUGGUCUUAGUAGAUAAUGUGGAUAGAAUGGAAGCUCCGAUUAUCACUUACUUUUGUUCUCUAACUUGUUAUGUGAAUUCUACUAAUAUGUUAAAAUAA